AAAAUGUUAAUUAAUUUAAAUAUUUUACUAAUUUUUUAUUUUCCCCUAUUUUUAUUAAAUACAAAAUUAACUCAAUCUGUCCAUAUUAGUAUUGAUAUAAAUCCGGAAAAAUUUGAAAGAAUUAUUUCUUUAAAAGAAUCAAAUGAAUAUUACAAAAAUGAGGAAAAUAAUGAUUUUGUAAAACAUUUAUCUUCCUUGAAAAAUAAAGAGCUAGAAAAUUGGAAGAAAGCUCACAAAUGUGGAAUGACAAUAUCACAAAAGAUCAAGUUUAAAAAGGAAUUAAAAGACUUUUUGGAAGCAAAAACUUCUCAAAUGUAUCCUGAAAGUUUUAAUAUUCGAGUAGACAAUAAAGUUGAAGCAGAAAUUUAUUCAACAAGAAUUAAACAUUAUGUUCCUCCACAUUUUACAUUUCGGCAUUUCUGCCCUCAAAAUAUUUCAUAUUUCCCAAUUAUUUCACUAAUUGGUGGAGCUCUAUCAAUUCGAGCACAUUAUAGUUCAAUCAACACUACCGGCGAUUUACAUGUUCAAGUUGGGGCAAUGAGGGCUGAAUACGAAAAAUCAAAUAAUUCCAACUUUGUUGAGUGCCACUCAAAAGUCGGACUUGUAAAUGUUCUUUUUAGCCCCGAAUUAAGUCCAGAAGUGGACAAGGCAUUUACUGAAGAUGUUAAAGACAAAAUUAAAGAAAUAUUGUGUAAUCAACUGAUAAAAUUUGUUCAGCAAAACGAACAGAAAAACAAGGAAUAA